UGUUGACGUGGUGAAGUUUGGACAGUAAUGGCCACUCUAACCACGACAAUUUAAUUUUGGUAAUCGUAUACAAAUACAAUCCAGGUAAAAACAACAGGCAUUUGCCCAAAACUGCUUUAAACCUUAAUUUGGAAUACACAGUCUAGAGGUUAUGUAGAAAUGAUAACUUGAUUCACAAACUAUUUUGAGUCUAAAAAAAUGAAUGAAUGGUAAGACAUGAUAUUCAGUUAUAGUUGAUUGCGCCGUGCAAGGCAUGGAGAAGUUCAAUGUCGAAAAAGAUAUUGCAGCUUUCAUCAAAAAAGAGUUUGACAAGAAGUACAGUCCAACCUGGCACUGCAUUGUGGGCAGAAACUUCGGCAGCUAUGUCACCGAGACGAGGCAUUUCAUCUACUUCUAUCUGGGACAGGUUGCUGUUCUGCUAUUUAAAAGUGGAUAAUAAAAUAUUAAUAUUCAACAAAAUUCUUUGCGAAACAUUUGCUGAAAUGUUUUAGAAAAAAUAAUGAGAUACAUCAAUUCUGGAAAACAAAAAUUGAUAUAAUAUUUGUGUAGAGAAUAGUUGGGGGAGUUGUGCUUGAUGAAAGUCAUCAAUACACAACAAAAACUUUUGUCUUAUCCAAAUACUUGACGUGAACUCUUAGUAUGUGAGAGCUAUGAAUUUUGAUUUGAGUCCUUGGAAAUUUUAAUUUUAUCUUCUUGGAUAUUUGAUUUAUUAUCUGAGUUUAAACUUUGAAUAAUUCAAUUCCUAAUUUAUUUUAAUAGUUUACCAACCUUCCUGAAAUGUUGUGAAAGUAAUAGUUGCCGUCCAUACCUCCGACAACCGACAAGUGUCAGUAGUAACAGGUAAUAGCUGUAAUAGACACACAUUUUGCCUUAUAUAUGGAUUACAUUCAAAUUCAAACAUUAUUGCUAUAAGCAGCAUAGCAAAAACAAAAUUAUUUGUUGAU